AAUCUCUCCAUCAAAUUCAGUCAAGGGUUUCGUCGUUGAUCACCAAGCUGUACAGCGUGUUGUCAACGAGAAGCGCUCACAAUCGCAACCUCCAGUGACAACUACUAGGUCUUCAAACCUAUCCCCUUUGGUUUCCCGCUCAAAUUCACCUCCUGCCUCACGUACCGCAGUUAAGAACAAGAAUGGCUUGAAACUAGACAGACUGCCACAGUAUGAAAUGUCGAAUAGUAAUCAGAGUACACCGAAUCUCAACAAUACAGACGAUGAGCCCUGGCUUUCCUUCAUUCCGUCCUCCACCAAACAGAGCAAGAAAGCCGCAUCAAAGUCUACACCUAUAGCAUCAACUUCUAGUUUAGAUUUGGCCGUCGAAUCUAAGCCUGAUUUACCUGCUUUAUUACCAAAAUCCCUAUGGAAGCCUGAUUCAGAUUCCGCCGAGUGCGACAUAGUAACUUGCUCAACUAGCUUUAACUUAUUAGAGCGUCGCCAUCAUUGUAGAAAGUGCGGCGGUGUCUUCUGUCAACCUCAUUCUUCACAUUCCGCAAGUUUGAAUGAUACUUCUAGAAAUGUCGUAGCACGCGUCUGUGACGAUUGCUAUCAAGAUUUGACGAGCUGGUCUGGUUAUGCAAAGAGUAUGUCAUCACAAUCAUUGGCUAUCAACGAGCAAACACAACCAAGAACGCCCCAAUUGUGUAUCAGUCCAACAUCGUCAUCAAGUAUAUCCUCACCUUCUUCCUCCCUUUCAAAACAACAGAACAUCAAUCAUCAAUACGUUAAAAUGAUGACACAACAACAACAAUCUAAUAGCUACUUUGUACCACCAAUUUCAACAAACCUCUACAAAUCUUCUACAAGCUUAAAUGAAAUUACUCCACCUGCAUCAAACCAACAACCAAAUUCUGGUCCACUUCAUUCUUACGUUUUGGCAUCAACCUCCGCUAGACAAGCAUUAGGUAAAUUACCAGCAUUUACACCACCAGUUACACCUUCACAUUCAACAUACACUUCAAGUUUGAAUAUACCAAUAAAUAAAUCAAGAAGGCAAGAGAAUGUCAUCAUUGAUGGUGAUAUUA